GUAAAACCGAAAGAACACUCUUCUGAAACCGAAGAAAAGAAAAAAGAAAGUACCGGAACACGUGAAACAGGUAGAAGUGAAAACGAUCACCAAUCCAAGGACGAGGCUAAGCCGUCGAAGGAGAAUAGCAAGCGUCGCAAAGAAAAGUCUGCGGAAGUUGGAGAUGAUGGUAAAGAAAGUAAAGAAUGA